UAAAUAUAUAUAUAUAUAUCUAUCUAUAUAUGUGUGUACAUAGGACAUAUAUCAGAUUCUAGACGCGUUUGUUUUUAAGCCAAAGCAACGCAUAGCGGGAGCAACGAACGAACCGUUCGAAACAAGGUGCAGAAGUGGCAGCAGGAGCAGGAGCAGGAGCAAGAGCAGGAGCAGUAGCAGCAGGACCCGGAUCUGACAGAGCCCACAAAUAGGAAGCGAAGCGUGUUGCAAACAGAAGCGAAGAGCAAACAAUCAACACACAAACACACUCACACACACAGCCACACACAAAUUUAUUAAGAUGUCAUGGAGAUAUGCGCUACCCAACGACAGAUACAGCAGCAGCAUUGGCGAUAGAUAUAGUCUGCACUAUUAUCAGUCGCCCAGCCGGCUGGAAACCUCCGAACAGACCACAGGACGCCAGCUGCAACGUGUCCUGCAUUAUUCGAUGGCUCCAUCCCGAAAUCUGCCGGGCCUGAGACGUGCUGAGUGUGCCAUCCACGACGUCGACUGUGAUGAGGUCUAUCCGGGCAUUUAUAUUGGCGAUGCUGCGGCGGCUAAGAACAAAACGUAUUUGAGAUUGAUGGGCAUCACACACGUGUUGAAUGCAGCGGAGGGCUGUCGCUAUGGCCAGGUGGACACUGGACACAGCUAUUAUCGGGAUAUGCCCAGUGUUAGACGCCAACAUAAGGAUUGCUUUUUUAGAUAUAUGGGCUUCCCCAUGAUCGAUGCGCCAACAACAGAUAUAUCCCGUUACUUCUAUGUGGCAUCCAAAUUCAUUGACAGCGCCAUUAGCAGCGGCGGCAAGAUUCUGGUGCACUGCUUGGUGGGCAUGUCGCGCUCGGCGACCUGCGUCCUGGCAUAUCUGAUGAUCUGCCGUAAAAUGUCCGCCGUAGACUCGAUACGCACAGUGCGCAUGCGACGUGAAAUUCGACCAAAUGAUGGCUUCCUGCAGCAGCUUGCCGAUCUCGAUAUGGAGCUGAAACGCAAGAACCUUUAUCCCUACUAAGGCAAUACCAAAAUCCCGACACAACCAAAGAUAUAUAUAUAUAUAUAUAUAUAUAUAUACACACACACACUCACAUAUAUUAUCUUAGUUAAGGCAAAAAUUUAAGGAUGUUGAUUAUUGGCUGAAUAAAAAAAAAAACCAAUUGUUGUAUUGCUAAGAGAUUUAUAAACACA